UUCCUCUCCUAAAAGCAAUGAAUGAAAGAAAGGGUUUGCUGCCAAUUUGUAAUUGCAAUAUUUACUCCAAUUUUCCUCCUCCUGCUUGCUCCUUGGGAUUUUUCCAAUUCAUUAAUACAUUUCCUGGCCGCAAUUUACACUCUUCCUCCACACAACACUUCAAUUCAAUUCAAUUCAAUUCAAUUCUCUCUCUCUCUCUCUCUCUCUCUCUUCCUACACUCUCCACCUCUCCUUCCCAUAAUUAAAUUUAGGCUUUAAAGCAAAUACCUAUUUCUCUCUCUCUUCAGUUUUUCCCCUUUAUAUAUAAUGGCCUUACAGGGUCAAACCCACCAACACCAACCCUCUCACCAAGAUCAUUUUGAUGGUUUUAGUGUUAUUAGUCAUGCUUCAACCCUAGCAAUUUCAGUUACUACUAAUACUACUCUUGAUCUCUUUCAUACUACUAACCCUUCUUCUUCUUCUUCUUCUUCAUAUAUUGAACUAGAAGAACCCUCUCCUUUGCCUUUAGGUUGCCAGAAGUUCCUUGAUCUUAAGACAGGUGAAAUAUACUACACAAAGAACAAAAACAAGAUGAAUAGAAGAAACGGUAAUGGAGGACCAAAGCUUGAGUUGAAGCUGAAUUUAUCACCUCCAAGGGAUAAUCCGAGAGUGGAGUCGCCAACGCGAUCAGCAACGGUUUCACCAACAUCACCACCAAGUUCAUGUGUAUCAUCAGAGCUUAACCAAGAAGAUGCUCUGCGAUACACAAAUAGCCCUGAAGCUACUUCAAUGGUCCUUGUUGGAUGUCCUAGGUGCCUCAUGUAUGUUAUGCUGUCUGAAAAUGACCCUAAAUGCCCCAAGUGCAAGAGUACUGUGUUGCUCGAUUUUCUCCAUGACAAUACUACCCAAACAAGGAACAAUUGAAACAAAGAAAAACGAAAAAAGGAAAAACAGAGUAGGGUUCCUUGUUCUGAUUGUGCAACCAUUAGGAUUAAUAGGCUCUCUAUAUCUUGCUUCUUUUUUUUUUGUAUCUAAAAUAGUGCUAUCUGGGCUCCAUUUUCUUUUUUAUGGGUGGAGGUUUAAAAUUGGUACGAAUGUAGGGAAAGAGAAAGUUAGGAAAAUAAAAAAGUUGGAGCCUGAAUAGUACUAUUUCUUUUUUUCUUUUUUCUUUUUUUUUGUUUCUUUUUUUUUUUAAAUUCUAGUCAUAAAAAAAAAAAAAAAAAAAAAAAAAAAAAGAAAAUGGGAUAUAUGAACUCAGAGGCAGUAGUAGUCUCUGUUUCUUUUUGGGUUCAGCUUUCUUCCCUCUUUAGCAGAAGACAAUGUAAGCUGGUUAGUUUCAGCAGGCCAGAUUUUCCAAUGAAUGUUAGGUAUUUUAUGAUUUUA